GGAGUGAAUCGUGCGGGGAAGGGCGCUCAGCUGGGACGCAACGGUGUGCGGCGAAAAGACUGGCAUGACUAUGAAGCAAUCAAAAGAGACGCAUCUCGAUCUGGUAACGGUGAACAGGGGAAGCCGUUCCCCCUGACUGAUGCUGACCGGGUCGAUCAAGCCUACAGAGAAAACGGCUUCAACAUUUACGUCAGCGACCGCAUCUCCCUGAACCGCUCUGUUCCUGACAUCCGCCAUCCAAACUGUAAACACAAGCUGUAUGCAGAGAAGCUGCCCAACACCACAAUCAUCAUCCCGUUCCACAACGAGGGCUGGUCGUCGCUGCUCAGGACGGUUCACAGCGUGCUGAAUCGCUCUCCCCCACAGCUCAUAGCCGAGAUCAUCCUGGUCGACGACUUCAGCGACAAAGAACACCUUAAGGUGGCACUAGAGGAGUACAUGGUACGGCUGCCAAAGGUUCGCAUCCUGAGGACCAAGAAGAGGGAGGGUCUGAUCCGGACUCGCCUGCUUGGAGCAGCUGCUGCUAAAGGAGAAGUCCUCACCUUCCUAGACUCGCACUGUGAAGCCAAUGUGAACUGGCUGCCUCCACUGCUGGACCGAAUCGCCCAGAACAGGAAGACUAUCGUAUGCCCGAUGAUUGAUGUCAUCGACCACGACAACUUUGGCUAUGAAACACAGGCGGGCGACGCCAUGCGAGGGGCGUUUGACUGGGAAAUGUAUUACAAGCGGAUCCCGAUCCCCACAGAGCUGCAGAAGGACGACCCCAGUGAACCCUUUGAGUCUCCAGUGAUGGCAGGUGGACUGUUUGCUGUCGACAGGAAGUGGUUCUGGGAGCUCGGGGGAUACGACACCGGUCUAGAGAUUUGGGGAGGGGAGCAGUACGAGAUAUCCUUCAAGGUGUGGAUGUGUGGUGGUCGGAUGGAGGACAUUCCUUGCUCCAGGGUUGGGCACAUCUACAGGAAGUAUGUCCCCUACAAAGUUCCUGGUGGUGUCAGCCUUGCCAGGAACCUGAAGCGAGUAGCAGAAGUGUGGAUGGACGAGUACGCCGAGUACAUCUACCAGCGCAGGCCUGAGUACCGCCACCUGUCGGCAGGAGACAUGACUGUGCAGAAGGAGCUGAGGAACCGGCUCAACUGCAAGAACUUCAAGUGGUUCAUGAGUGAGGUGGCCUGGGAUCUGCCCAAGCACUACCCACCUGUGGAGCCUCCUGCUGCUGCAUGGGGAGAGAUCCGUAACGUGGGUAGCAGCAUGUGUAUGGAGAGUAAACAUUUUGUGUCGGGGAGUCCUAUCCGCCUGGAGAGUUGUGUGAAGGGACAAGGCGAUGUGAGCUGGAGACAUGGACAGGUGUUUACGUUUGGCUGGAGAGAGGACAUUCGGGUGGGCGACCCCAUGCACACGAAAAAAGUUUGCUUCGAUGCCAUUUCCCACAACAGCCCCGUCACCCUGUACGACUGCCACGGCAUGAAAGGCAACCAGCUGUGGCGCUACAGAAAGGAUAAGAGUCUGUAUCACCCCGUCAGCAACAGCUGUAUCGACAGCAGCCUGAACGAGCGGCGUGUCUUCAUGAACACGUGUGACCCGUCCUCGCCCACUCAGCAGUGGCUAUUUGAGAAAACCAACGCCACCGUGCUGGAGCACUUCAAUCAGGGCGCCAAGUGAAGUCCUGCAGCAUCCACGAGGAAGGACUCACGCAGAAGUGGAGCUGCUGCUGCUGCUAUUGCGAACUGGGGUAUUUCCCAUUUACCUCGCAAUGAGGUGACAGCUGUUUCUCUUUGGGGUGCUGGGAGUGAGGCAGGACGGCACGCAGAGGGGGUUAGUUAAACGCAUUAGUGUGAGGGAAGAUUGGGUUUGAGUUUGAUUGAUGGGAUUUGUGUAAAAGUUACUCUGUGAGAGAUGGGUGUGUUCUGUCGGGGUGCUGCUGUGGCAGUAGGUCUGUCUCACUUCCUGAUUUUUAUUUAAUUUUUUUAUCGUCUGCCAUUCCUCUUUAUUUCUUUUGCCCGUUUCAAAUCUCCCUCUCUUCCCCUGUACUGUUUCCUCUCUGGGGGUUUGUUGUUUGCAGUUCUCUCUCCCUCUCUUUCUGUCCAUCUACCUUUUAUCCUCCAAUCUCUCCUCCCUCGUUUCUCUCCCGGUCUGCCACUGCCUGCAUGUCCGUCUCUAUCUGCCUGCAUGACUGCACCUUUGCCCACCUUUUUCAUUCUCCCUCUCAAAUAUCCUUAUGUCUCUCCAGCUCUGACAACCUCCCUGGGGGUAGAUGAAGGGGGGGAGGGGCUCUUGCUGAGCCAAAGUCGUACUGACACCUGGGUGAAGCCAGGCAGAACCACUCUGAAAAUCACCUGGUGAAGUGAUUCUCCUUUACAACCUUCUGUUCCCUCCCUCAUCCUUCCCCUCAUGUGUGUAACUCCUGGUCUGCGGGCAGAGCUGCAUUGAAUGUAGUGGGUGAAAGUUGACAAAGACGGUCCAAGGAGAUAAGACCUUUUGCACGUGCCUCACUUAUUUGUUCCUUAUUCUCUGCUUUCCUGUCUGUAUUUAUUGAUUAGUCCUUCACAGAUUUGUCACUGUGCCACGUUCUUCUUAUAUUCCUCAGAGGCGAGCGCUAUCCGAUGCCAGGGUAUGUGCAGGCUGACUCCUGCUGGGUAAUGGUGCAGUCAGACUAGAUUUUGCUUUCUUCAUAGAGGUCCUGCAUCUCUUAAAAUAGCCAAUAAGAAUGCAGGCUGUCUGAGGCCUACGCAGAGAUAAAAGCGACAAUGGCAAACAGAAGAUCCAAGGUAAGGUCAUCGCACUGCAACAAGGCUCCAACAAGUGCUUCCUGUGAGAUCUCACCCUGGAGUGGGUCCAUUUAUUUGAGAAUGCUUUGAGAAAAGCUCCUCAAAGCAGUGACCACUAAAUCAGGAGGUAUUUGUUCAGAAUUUAGUUUUAAGGUUGCGUGGUUACUGCGGUUUGUUAGCUAAAUAGCCGUGCUACUUCGCAUCACUACGACGACUCCUCAUUAUUCAUACUACAUCUCAUAGGAUUUGCAGUAUACAAGCAAGUGUGCUUUUUUGGCACUACGCACACAGCAAGAUGUUUAAAGUUUGGAGCUCAUUUGCCUGCUACAUUCAACAGUGUGUACUUUGUUGGGGCUGUACCAAAAGCAAAUGGAGAAAACAAUAUGCAAUUAUUAUAAUAAUAAUAAUUAUAAUAUGCACUGUAAGUUUUCCCAAGCCAAACUUCUGUCUGACUGCACCACGAGAGCUUCUUUGUCAUUAUUGUGGUGACAGUGGGAGUGGGAGUAGCUGUCACACCUCUUUGAGUUUCUCCUUUGCUUUCUGUGCGCUAUUUGCCGCUUUCCACUCAGUCACUAAAGCAACCCGGUCACAGACGGCCAAGCAAGGGGUCUCGUCAAGGUGCGGAGCAGCAGGCAGCACCACAAAUAGACCCCUGCGCGCCCGGAUGGCUGGCCGUGUGACUGACAGGCCAGCUGAUUCUCAGCAGGGCUGCCUGAUUGGCCGGCCGCCAUGCUGACACAUCACUUUAGAGUACAGUGUGAGCGGGAGUAGAGACCAAAAGGGGAAAUUAUCCAGGAUAGCCUCGCCAAGGUAGCGCUGGGAUUGAGACUAACGUGUGUGUGUGUGUGUGUGUGUGUGUGUGAGAGGGGGGUUUAAAAUGCAUUAAGCACUUAUGGAAUGAUAAACUUGAAUGAAAUCUUAGUGCCUUGUUAGAAGAGGACUAGAUGUUGCUGUGUGUAUUUGCAGAAAAUGUGUGUGGCCUGAAAUGUCCAGAUGAAAAUAGGGAACAAUUCCUCAAUUCAGGAAGUGACUUUGCUUGGAUUUUUUUUAUGCUGUAAAAGACUCCUCAAGUCUUUGAACUGAUCAUGAAUUGACUUCUGGUGCAGGACCUUGAACGCACCACUGGCUUUGUGAACACACGUGUAACUGCUGGCUGUGAAUAGAGCUAAAAAGACUGUUUUUUGUUGUUUUCCCAGCAUAUUUGCUCCUGCUGUCAAAGUAAACCACAACCCUAAGAAGACCUUUUGUUGUAUUGAAAUCAUGAUAUGAUGCUGUGUUGUUUUCCCACUUGUUCAAUCCAGAAUAUUAUAAUGAGAGAGGAAAUUGCUGUCUUUGUUUACCAGUGUCGCCAUCCGCCUUUAUAAAUCCUUUUCUUCAUUCUGUUUUUAAUCAAAUGUGCUUUCAUCCUUUCUUUGAUCCUGUGGUUUAGCUGAUGGUGAUUUUGCUUGAAUCCCUGUUUGACACUAUGUUUUGGGAUGUUCUGGUCUGUCGCCUGCGCACAUUCUCUAAUCCCAUUUUGUGAAGCAGAACAAUGUUCAGUGUGUGCCAUUUUAAUCAUCAGAUCCAGGUAUUGGGCUCUGGAAGAUAUUAACAUGCAGUAGUAGACCAAAAGAAAUGGUAAUAUUCACUAUAUAUCACAAUAUUUCAGUAUUUAAGUCAGAUAUUAGAAAAUGUUGGGGAAAAAUAUAUAUUGAGCUCCUUGUUGUGUGCAGAUUAAAACCUUUUCCAACACAAAUGCAAAACGGAUUUUAUCACAAUCAGUGCAAACAAUGAUUUGUUGUUUCCAAUUCUGUCUUAUCACAUAAAUUGUUCACACAAAUGCUAACCAAGAACCUAUAUUUAGAUAGCAGAGCUGGUAGAUUUGCAAUGAGAUUAUUGAGAGGUGAAGAUAAAUAACUAUCACAAGUGUUUUCUAACCUGUUCGACUGUUAAGUUGUUAAAACCUGAUCUACUUUUCAAAAAACCCUUCUUGAGUUACAGUAAAUGGUUCAUUUACCAGCAUGUAACUGUUAUUUAUUAGCAGCAGGAGCGUACUAAAUGUAAACCUUUUUGUUGUACACUGUACACUGUCAAAUUGUUAAAAGAUGACUUAGAAUUAUUGUUUCAGACCACCGAGUAAGAUUACCAGCAGAUGAUCCAACAGGAACAAUUUGUUAUCCACUGUAUAUCCAGAUAUGAUUUCUUUGAAUUUCUUUUCUUUGACAUCAUACUAGAAUUGAUAAUGGGCUGGGCUGUUGCUGGGAUUGUUUGUUUGUUUGUUUUUUCUAAAGAAUUGUCAAUACGAACACUCUUUGUGGAAGUUUUAUAGAAGGUGGGUACAUAAGGCAACAUUUUUGGUUCAAAUGAGACUGUCGAAGUACUAAAAGUUACUUUAUAGUUCUCUCUGAGAAAGUGUACUAUUCUUUAAUAUUUCAUCUUGUUUUUCUUCUCUCACAUUUAUCCUGCAGAACGAACAGUUUAUUGCAUCUGUUUUUCCUUGAGUCUGCCAAGCCCAACUGUCACAUAAAUCUUGGAUAAAAAGAAGAAGAUUAUCAUCAUUACAGACUUUUGGCUGUGUUGUAUAGAAUUAGUAAGAAAAGUGUUUUAGGUAGCUGAUGUGUUAGCUUGUGCUUUUUCAAAGAUGUUUUAGGCAUGAAGAGCUGUAGUAGGGCCAGAAAAUCCCUUAUUCCAAUAAAACAUCAGGGGCAGCAGGAUCAAAUGCAGUAGGACGAGCUGAUUUUAGAGAAAAUGUAGAACUUAGCUGUCAAAUAGAACGCCAUGAUUAGUCAACUGGAAGGCCAGUGUUUAAACAGGUAUCUGACAGUUUAUUGACAGUAAAUCAUGAUAUAAUUUGACCUGGAACGUGCUAAAAUGCUUUAUAGAAUAGCCAAAGUCCUAUUUUUAAGUAACAAAAUAUAAAAUACAAAAUUACAGCAAAAGUCUUAUUUAGAUGUCCUAAUCUUCCCUGCAGAGUAAUCUUCAUGUUCCCCUUGCCUCAGCUGCGCAGAAAAGAAGCAGAGGUCAUUGCUGGUAUUUAGAGUUGAGUCUUUUGGGUCUCACAACCAGAAUCGUCAUUAACAUGACUUCUUUUUUUUUCCCUUCAGGAAAAUGUUUGGUAAAGCCCCAGUCACACAGGCCUGGAUCCACCAUGAUUGAGAUGUUGGUGCUAUCACUAAUAAAUCUGAGGUUAAAAUAACAUUAUCAGUAUAACAAAUUAAGCUAUCUCACUACAGUCUAAACUCAGCUCUCUGUCCCUGUUGUUGAAAGAAUAAUCCCAAGCUUGGCAUGUUUGCCUCGAGGGCAGGAAGACGAGGAGCACCUUUUGUGAAUUUUUUUUUGACAGUUUAGUGAGUCGUCACAAAAUGAUGGGAACUGCAUUCUGCAGAUAGGAUGAUAGCACUGAUAAUCAGCUGUUCUGCAGGAAAGGAUGGGGGAGGAAACGAGAUGAUGCCAAAAUUGCGUUCAUGCUCUUCAUCUUUACUGUGUUUUGUACAAAGUGCAUUAAAUUAAAAAUGAACUUAAAUGGAUCUGUGUCUCUGGGGAAAUUUCACAGGAUGUUGCCAACUGUAUCCCUUCAAUUAUGUUUAAUUGAAUAAGCUUUUAAAAGUUUGGGUUUUUUUUCAAUCAGAGUAAUAUGUACCUUUCCAUUGCACAUGUAAAGUUUGUUUUAUUACAUCAAAGGAUAACUUGGGUUGAAGACUUUCAGGCACUGCUUUAUUUCAGCUUUUAUCCACUGUGGUAAAGUAUUUAAGUAAAGAAAAACUUCCUUGCAGACACUAGGGAUACAAAUUUAGCAAAUCGAUUUCACUAGCACUUAACAUAGAUCGGUUCUCAUUGGCACCGUUUUUAGAGUCGACACCAUCACUAAGAAACAUAUCAAAGGAAAGGAAUUGAACUACUGGGAACUGUUCCCUACAAGACCCGAUCCUCAAUUCCUGUCCCUAGCUGGCACCCAUAUAAUGGUAUAAACCACAGUUCAAGUACACAAACACUUCAAAUGUAAUACUUUUCCACAGCUGCUGGGAUAGAGCAAUCGUAAAUGUGCUGAAACGUUUUAUAACGUUAAGAUCCAAAUGCAUUUUUACGUUUUUUUUUCCCACCUUCACAUGUUCAGUCGAAAGUCUGUUGGGCAGAAUAAUCGUAAUUUACAGGAGCAAAUGUUUUUAAUGUCAGUGGCCAACGUGGCCCAUCACACAAUGUUGUGUAGGUGUGUGAGCUUUGAUGUGUAGGGAAGUGUACAUUUUGUAUCUCAAAAAUAUCCAAUAUUUUUUUUCUACUGACAUUGCAACUGUAAAGGUGUAUUUAGGUAUUUAACAAACUGUACAAUUAAACUGGAAUUGUAUGAUAUUUUUUUCUGAAAAUUGUAAAAUAAAAAGGUUUCUAUAUUUGGA